AUGGCAUUGGACGCCGCGAGGCUGAUCCAACAGCUACCCGACCCGCAGCCCAGUACAUGGGCGUAUUCCCGCCCCGUGGUCAUCCUCGACGCGUUUUGGAACCUCGCCUUCGUUAUAGUCACAGCCAUCACGCUCUUUAUAAGUCAGGCGCGCAACGAGCGCCCCCCCGCGCCGCUGUCCAUCUGGUUACUCGGUUACGCCGUGCAAUGCGCGGUGCACGUGAUCUGCGUGUUGCUGGAGCACGAGCGGCGGGAGAGUCGGCGCGUAAGGGAGCAGCGGGAGCAGCGCAGGGGGAGGAGACGCGGGCGGGGGAGGGGGAGGGGGGGGAGGCGCGCACGGGGAGAGCGGAGGGGAAGGGAGAGAGGGAGGGAGAUAGAGAGAGGGAGCGGGGGGGCGAACGGGGGAGAUGGGAGCGUGAAUGGGGAGAGGGGUGGAGCGGGGGAAGCGGCGGGGGAUGGGGUGGUGUUGGUCGACCAAUCAGGGGAACGAGGUAGGAUAAGCGGGAGCGGGGACGUGGGAGGGAAUGUGGAAAUGGCAGGCAACCGGAGCGAAAGGGAACGAGAGGAGGAAUUUAUUUCCACUUUACGCAGGAGGGACGCGGGUAGAGUGGUGACUCUAGACGAAGCAGCUUCUGUGCUUAUAACGGGACGGGCUCUCAUAUUGGAGAGGGAAGAGGAGGCACGGGAGGGGCUUUUGGGGGAGGAUGGGAGGGUGGGUGCGGAGGCACGGAGGGUGGAGAGGAGAGUGGUGGGUGAGGAAGGAUCGACGGUGGAGGAUGAAGCGAUGAUGGUGGGAAAUGGUGUGGAUGAAAACGAAUCGGACGACUCGGACCAGAGCCAACACUACACCAUGCUCUCAUGCUCACUUGCUCUCGUGCUCGCUCAUGCUCUCUCGUGCCUUCCUCUCGCACACCCACCCACCCUUUUCCAGCCUGGCAAGCCGCAUAGAGUCAGCCAACACAAUGUUCUCCUUCGCCUGGUGGCUCAAGCUCAGCUGCUCUCAUGCUCUCUCAUGCCUACCUCCUCUCCCCUCACCUUCUCCAGCCUCGCACGCCGCGUCGAGUCAGCCAACACCAUGUUCUCCUUCGCCUGGUGGCUCGUGGGCUUCACCUGGAUCCUCUCUACCAUUGACGAUUCCUUCAAAGUCGCGCCCAUCCUCUCCUGGGCGACCACAGCCUUCCUGGCGUUUGACGUGUUUUUUGUCGUCUUCUGUGUGGCCGUGGCAUGUGUUGUCGAUAUGGCCCUCACCCCUCUCCACCCUCCCAUACCCGCCUGUUACCACAUCAGGGCGACCACGGCCUUCCUGGCGUUUGACGUGUUCUUCGUGGUCUUCUGUGUGGCCGUGGCGUGUGUUGUCGAUAUGGCCCUCACCCCUCUCCACCCUCCCAUACCCGCCUGUUACCACAUCAGGGCGACCACGGCCUUCCUGGCGUUUGACGUGUUCUUCGUGGUCUUCUGUGUGGCCGUGGCGUGUGUUGUUGAUAUGGCCCUCACCCCUCUCCACCCUCCCAUACCCGCCUGUUACCACAUCAGGGCGACCACGGCCUUCCUGGCGUUUGACGUGUUCUUCGUGGUCUUCUGCGUGGCGGUCGCGUGCGUGGUGGGCAUGGCCGUGUGCUGCUGCCUGCCCUGCAUCAUCGCUCUCAUCUACGCCGUUGCAGAUCAGGCAAGUGCAGCAAGCAGUUAG